CUUGUGAUGUAAAUGCAGCACCUUCUAGUGUAAGCCACGCGUACUGCACUGGAGGUCUUUGAACUCUCCAUGUGUGUCUCCUCGCAGUAUCUGCCGAUUUGGAUGGGACGCAGUCUAAUAACACAAAUACGAACGGCUGGUGGAGGUGGGAUAAGCAAUGGUUGCUUAAUUUAGCCUGCGUAAAGAGAACGUUCCUGGUUUAAUCUGCCAUCAUGGUGAACCAGGUUCAACCAGGGGACGGCAGCUGGCAGUCAUCCAAGAGUGACUCCAGUGGGGCAAGCAACAGCAGCGGGGAGAGCUCCAAAGAGAGCUCUCGGUGUUCCACGCCGGUGCUCGAUGCAGACCGGUCGGACAGGCUAAGAGACAAGAUGCGGAGGAGGAUGGAGUCUGGAGACCGCUGGUUCUCGCUGGAAUUCUUUCCUCCCCGCACAGCCAGUGGGGCUGUCAACCUCAUCUCAAGAUUUGACCGUAUGGGCUCUGGAGGGCCCUUGUUCAUCGACAUUACCUGGCAUCCAGCAGGAGACCCGGGAUCGGACAAGGAAACCUCAUCCAUGAUGAUUGCCAGCACAGCGGUCAACUAUUGUGGCCUGGAGAGUAUUCUCCACCUGACCUGCUGCAACCAAACCAAAGGGACGAUUACUGGUUACCUGGGUAAAGCAAAGCAUCUGGGUCUCAAGAACAUCAUGGCACUUAGGGGAGACCCAGUGGGAGCAGACUGGGAGGAAGAGGAGGGAGGCUUCAACUACGCCAUCGACCUCGUUAAACAUAUCCGAUCAGAGUUUGAUGAUUACUUUGACAUCUGUGUCGCUGGAUACCCCACAGGCCAUCCUGAGGCAGAGAGCUAUGAGGAGGAUCUCAGACACCUUAAGGAGAAGGUGGAUGCUGGAGCAGACUUUGUCAUCACCCAACUGUUCUUCAGGGCAGAGACUUUCCUCAAGUUUCUGGAUGACUGCAGAGCGAUUGGUAUUACAUGUCCCGUCCUACCUGGAAUCUUCCCAAUUCAGGGAUACCAGUCUCUGCGGCAGCUUGUCAAGCUGUCGAAGCUCGAGAUACCAGAAGAGAUCACCAAAGUCAUCGAGCCCAUCAAAGACAAUGAUGCUGCUAUCCGUAACUACGGAAUUCAACAGGCGGUGGAGAUGUGCCGUGUGCUGCUGGACAGUGGCAAGGUACCAGGCCUCCAUUUCUACACACUGAAUCGAGAAGUUGCCACCAUGGAGGUGCUCCGACAACUAGGCCUGUGGAUAGAAGACCCCAGGCGGCCCCUUCCCUGGGCAGUAAGUGCCCAUCCCAAACGGAAGGUAGAAGAUGUUCGACCCAUCUUCUGGGCAUCCAGACCCAAGAGUUACAUCUACAGAACCCAGGACUGGGAUGAGUUCCCCAACGGCAGAUGGGGAAACUCCUCUUCUCCAGCUUUUGGUGAGUUAAACGACUACUACUUGUUCUACUUAAAGAGCAAGUCAUCCAAAGAUGCACUACUGCAGAUGUGGGGUGAGGAGCUGAUGAAUGAAGAGAGCGUCUAUGAGGUCUUCACCUGCUACAUCACAGGCCAACAAAACUGCAGUGGACACAAGGUGAUGUGUUUGCCAUGGAAUGAUGAGCCUCUGGCCCCAGAGACCAACCUGUUGAAAGACGAGCUGGAAAAAGUCAACAGACGAGGAGUCCUCACCAUCAACUCCCAGCCCAACAUCAACGGCAAACCCUCCACAGACCCUAUCGUAGGCUGGGGACCUGCAGGAGGCUAUGUCUUUCAGAAAGCCUAUCUGGAGUUCUUCACCUCCAGUGAAAAUGUGACUGCUCUCCUCAAAGUACUAAAGAAGUAUGAGCCCCGUGUAAACUACCACAUUGUUAAUGUGCACGGCCGUAACCUGACAAACGCCCCCGACAUGCAGCCUAACGCUGUGACAUGGGGGAUCUUUCCUGGCAGGGAGAUUGUUCAGCCUACUGUAGCAGACCCGGUCAGCUUUAUGUAUUGGAAGGAUGAAGCCUUUGCCUUGUGGAUCGAGCAGUGGGCCAAACUCUAUGAAGACGAGUCCCCUUCACGGAUGAUUAUCAAAUACAUCCACGACAACUACUUCCUGGUCAAUCUGGUAGACAAUGACUUUCCUUUGGACAACUGUCUGUGGCAGGUCAUAGAUGAUAUGUUUGAGCUGCUCGAUCAACCUCCAGUGCCAUUCAACAAUGAAGCAGUCUCUGAAUGAAAACAUUUUUAGGUGAAGAAAGUACAUGAUGGAAUUGUUGGUAUUUUAUGCAUAGUCUCAAAAGCUGCUAUUUACAAUACAAAGCUUGAGUAAGAAGUUCGCGGUAUUUUUUUAAAGACUUUUUAUACUUUUUUCUGAGUGAAUGGAAAAUAUGUUGGAAAAUGAAAUUUAUUGUCUUGCCUAAACAGGACCCAGGGCUCUGUUCAAAACAUCUUUGAUAUUUUUGACCACCAUGAUGAGUAGCUUCAUCCUCCACAGCACUCCCAGCGUAUAAAUUAUGCUUGUUGUCAUACAGGUUUGGGGUUCUGUCACCUUGUCUUUAAGAGUUUCCUGAUGGGCAGAUAUCAUUGAAAAACUUCACAAAAUUAAUUGUGAAAAUGCUAUAUGCUGUUCUUAUUUCACAGAAGAAAAUACUUCAAAUCCAAUUUUUGAUUUAGAUUUUAAAAUGAUUUUUAAUGAUGUCUACUGUUAUUGACCUAGAGACGUAUAUGAAUGAAACUACUUUUAAUCUCAUGAUGCUGUGACAAGUUGGAUGAUGACUAUUGUACCACAGACCACUGUUAUACUAUCUACCUGCUGCCUUAACAUGUUUUAAAUUUACAUCUUAUCUAUUUGUUCUGCCUGCUUUCUAAAGCUCAGUGAAUAGUUUAUCUGUAGCAAGUAACCUCAGUGUGUGUUAUCAUAUCAUGCAGAUGAGCAUCCAUCACCUUUAUUACUAAUGAGUGUGGAAUAUAGCUACAGCUAUAAUGACUGUAUUAUGUGUUCAGAGUGAAGUACCACCAUUACAUUCCAGACAACUCCAGGACAUAGUACAGUUACAGUGCAUGACACAGGAAGGGAUUUUCCACAUAGCCUAACUAAUCUGAUGAUAACAAAUCUUCACCACAGAAUAAUGGAGGAGAUUGUGGAGAUAAGGCUAACCACUACACACAGUGGAAGCCUUACCUUAACGUGAGGCUGUUGACCAUACCACCAACAUCAGACAGACAGGAGUUGCCCUUACCUCAUAGAUGUACAGGGUUAGGGUUAGCCUGCUGGGAACAUCACAAUAUUGACCUAAUCAAUAACACAGUAAACAUUUCUGCAGGGCAGCUUAUUGUAGAGCUAAACAAAGACAUGAAAUCUUGUUGAAAAUCUUGUUAGAUUAGUUUUUGAGCCCCAUUUUAUUUCACUAUUCUAUGUUUACAUUCCUGAGCCCAUGCUAAUGAAUGUUCAUGUCCUCAGGCCACGGUGUCUUGUCCAUGUUUUGACUGGUUCUUCUCUAUAACAGUAAUGGAACAGUAAUCAGAGCAGUUUAUAAGGUCUAGUAUGUAACAAUAAACAUUAUAAGGAACAAUAGACAAUAUCACGGCCUAGGACAGGAGAGCUCCGCAGCAGGUGAUUAAAACUACCCAGAACAUCACUGGUAUGCAUCUACUGAGCGUCAGUGAUACUGGCAAGGUGAAGUGCCUGCGCAAAGCCCAAUGAGUACUAAACAACAAUAUUCACCCUAGCCACAGCUUGUUGAUGUUUCUGCUGUCUGGCAAGUGAUAAUGAAGUAUUGAUGGCUAUCUAUGUUCCUAAGGUCCUUUGUUUCCAGGGUUUUUUGUUCCCCAGUUCAGUUUUCUGUUAACACAUUAACCCUCUCAUUGUGUUUGAGUCAAAACCCUAACCCUGGGAACAUACGGCCCUUUGACAUGUCCCCAUUAUGUACCAUAUUAAAUCUGGGGAACAUAGGAACCUGGGAACACAGGAAUGACUGAAAUGUCCCCUGCCAAACCACCGGACUACAGAGCUGCUUCUGACCUCAGGCUGUUUGACUCCUCAGUUUAUCCUUGGCACUCCACCAUAAAUUAUAAUUAAUAAUUCGAGUUAAUUUUUAUGACUUUUUCAAUUAUUAAUUCCCAUAAUUUUUUAUUUGUGAAUGGCAUAAGGGACUACAACUAGCAUUCCAACUGUGGAUGCAUAAAUGUACCUUUUACCUUCUGUAAACAAACCAUGCAAGCAGCUACUCCAUGACUGUGUGAGAUUGUACUUAGUACACAGUGGUGCUAAAUGUUAGGGUCAGCAUGCUAACAUGCCACUGUUUGGUAUUCGAUAUAAUGUUAACAAGAUUGGUAUUUUCAAUGUUAGCAGGCUAGCAUUUGCACUGGCUAGCAUUAAACACAAAGCGUAGCUUGAUGGGAAUGUCAUUAGUUCUACAGUUACUGGGUCAUCAAUCAACGUAUUGGACACAUUAAAAUGUGCUGAUGAUGAUUGCACUGGAUUCAAUUUCAUGAUAAUCCGUCGAAUGAGUUAUUACUAUGAAAACCAUAUAGCUGCAAAUGUGUAUAAAAUAUAAAUAAAAAACUUAA